AUUGAAGGAGGAGCUACAGGAAGGAGUCACGUCUCCCAGCCUCUCUUUUCAUGGCUGCAUUCAGCUGAGACAGAAGGAGGAAGAGCUGGACUGCCCGGGGUACCUAUUAAUCAGCUCUGAAGUCAUGGCCUUUGCACUUCCUCUCCUUUUGCUUUGUGCACCCAUCAUGGGACAGACAGCUCCUUCUCUCAGUGCCACUGUCGGAGGCUCCGUCCUGAUCCCCUGUUCCCUACCAGUUGAACCAGUGAGGCUCAAAUGGUUUUACUGGCAGGAGGACCAGUCUAAAAACAUUUUGUUCCACUGGGACACCAAUAACCCAACACAGCCAAUGACUGACAAAUACAAGAACAGGUGUCAAGCCUUUGAAGCCGAGUUUAGUUCUGGAAAUAUUUCCAUUAGACUUGACAGUGUUACUGUGAUGGAAGACCAGAAAACAUUCUGGGCCUAUGCUAGCUUCUAUGAUGAGCAGAAAAAAGUCAGCAAACAGUGUGAACAGUGUUGUAAGUCCAAGCUGCAGGUUUCAGCUCCCUACCAAGACCUCCAGCUGAUAGUCAACAACGCAGCAGACAAUGCAACCUGCACAGCACGUGGAGGAUACCCUCAGCCUCGGGUUUCAUGGACCGGUCUAAACAAAUCCAGUGCUGCACAGCUGCAGGACGCUGAGACGUCCCUGCAGGAGGAUCCACUAAAUAAAACCUUCUCUGUCACAAGCUCUGUCAGUGUGAAAGGGUUACAGGAUGUGACCUGCGACAUCUACAACCCUCACACCAAUGAGAGCAUAAAGAGGACUGCAGAGAUCAGCGGUCCUGGUGAGGGCCAGCAGUGGAAUCUUCAUUUGGGCUUUGGAGCAGCUGUUGGCUUUCUUGCCACUGCUCUCCUUCUGUUUUGUGUGUGCUACCACCGGCACCACAGGACCAAAGAUCGUGUAGAACCAGAGCAAGAAGGAUUAUAGAAGAUCUUGACCAGCCCAGCAAUGGACCAUUCAGCUUCUACGCACAGGCAGAUGCUUCUCUCACCCCUGUCUAACACAGUCUUAGAGCUUAUUUCCUGAGCUUCAUGCAAAAACCACUCGUAGGUGAUUUAGGAGAAUUUGGGGCACUGAGCAGUACUUUACGAGUGGUCCAGAGCUGCUGUAUGAGUCACUUACAGAAGUCUUUCUCCACUGGGGAAAAAAACACUUGUUUGAUUUCAGAAUCAAAACGCUUGAAUCUGAAUGAAUUAAGACUUUAAAUAUGAUGGAGAAACCAACUGAGGUAAAAUUCUGCAUACAGCUCAAAUAGACUUUAUGCAAAACUUAGGUUCUGCUCACCAGAUCACCAUCAUCAUGGCUGGACCCCCUACAGUCCGCAUAUCGUCCAGGCUUUGGUGUAGAAGACGCCAUCAUCUACCUGCUCCAUCGCGCUCUUUCCCAUCUGGAGAGCACUGGUUACACAGUGAGGACCAUGUUUUUUGACUUCUCCAGUGCUUUCAAUACGAUCCAGCCAUCACUGCCGAGGGGGAAGCUGGAAAGUGCCGGAGUAGACUGUCACCUGGCUGCAUGGACCAUCGACUACCUCACCAACAGACCA